AUGGUGCAGCCGUUCAUUUUUAAGUUGGCUAAAAAAUUUUGGCCUAAAUCACGGUUUUUGAUGAGAAAAAAAGCACUGACAGACUACAAAUGCAACAGAACUUUUACUGAGGCUUUUGUUCGGGACCUAAAAGCAAUGAAAUCGGAAUUUGCACAAGAGCCAACACACGAGAAUCUCUCCAAUAUUGAACAAAAAUACGGAUUAGAUCUUGUACGAUGUUUCCAUGAAAACAGCAAGAAACAUGUGCUCUACAACAUAGUUUAUACGCUGAUUAUUGAGCAUUUGACAGUCAACACCAGAUGCAAAAGUACACUUCUUUAUAUUUUUCUCCUACAUUUUUUCUUCACCAGCCAGAUAAAUGACAUAACCUACAUAAACAUUACAAUUGAAGACCUGGAAAGAAUCAACACGAUUCAAAAUCCAUUCUUUGUGUUCUAUUUGAGUGAUCUCAAAGGAAAAGGUGCGUUUGACGUGCAUUUUCAUCCGAAUGAUUUUUUUCUACGAACCAUCACGGCUGAGGUGGAUGACAUUGAGCAAUCAAUGGAGAAUAUCUUGACAUAGCACAGUGAGAUGCACCAUCUCGGCGUGUUGGGUGAUGAGUGAAGAAGUAUUUAAAACGAGGACACGAAAGCGUUGUUUCUAAUGAAUAGAUGUACGAUAGUUGGUCAUAUUUGUUGUGAGGAUGCUGGGUGCCCUACAUAACAUGUACGAUGGCAGGUAUUGUUCAUCUCAGCGGAUAGAGCGCCACUAAUCGAUCACACUAUGAGUGGCGAGCAUCGGUUCCAAAUUGUUUUUGUAAUUGCUCGUUUAAAUGUGUAAACUGAACUACGCGCAACAUUGUAUCAAAAGGAUUUGGCAACAAAAAUAAGUUUGGCUCAUCUUAAACUGGAA